AUGGCCAAGAUCAGAUGUUUAGAUGUUGUUGGUACCAUCACAAUAAUUUUGAUGUUGGUCAUGGCAGAACAAGCAAACGCUAUCACCGUUGAUGCAGAUUGUUAUGGACCGUGCACUAACAAUUGCCAACAGCUUUGCAUUUCAAAAGGUUAUAAAGAUGGGACUUGUGCAGCUUUUAGAACCAAGUCGAGUUGUUGUUGCAAACCAAGAAAGAAACAAAUCUUUGAACAAGCCAUGCUCAAUUGA